UAAUUUUCUUAGUGGCUGGUAGUUUGAGCCUGAUAGGUUGUGUGGCACGCCGUCUGCUCAACAGAUUGGCCUAGCAUUAUGGAUAUCAGCGAUAGUUCAAUAAACUGUAUGCCCACACCACUAGCGACAUCCACGGCAGCUAGAGAUCGGAACAGAUUGAGAGAACUUGCUGCGACUGACCCUCGUGGAUCGUAUGUCGCACACGGUAUUCCUGAUGCAGCCUCACCAUGGAGUGAAUCCGACACAACUUUGCCCUGGAAUGACCAGUCCCAUAGGUUGACUGAAAGUGAGUCGAGGUCUUCACUGGGGAUUCUAGACUUGGAUGCCAUGCCAGAAUUGUCGGACAGUCAGUUCCUACUGGACACCCCAGCGAACGCCCGAUCGUUGCCGCCAUCCCUUGGGUCGUCUGAUUCUCAGCCUCUGGGUCGGAGUGAUGAUGUGAACACGGUGAAGAAACGGCCCAGUGUCGACCGUCACAGGGAAGGGGCUCUCAAUGGGAUAGAUCUGUUUGGUGGGGGGGAGCUCGCCACGAUGAGCGAGGAGUCCAUGUUUGACGCGAGCGUCAUCAACAUCCAGUUCGAUGACGACGAACUGGAUGAACUGGAUGGUGACUUCAGUCACCAUGAUGACUACGAGCACGGGCAGGGUGAAGGUCAGGAGUCUGACGAAGAAAUUGAGGUGUCUGCCUUCCAGGGACAAGCACAUGGCUGUGUCAUAGAUCCAAAGUACAUUUUGUCCAGUCCCAUGAUGCAUCGCGUUGGUGAUGGAGAGGACAGCCGGGUGAAACAAUCAAGAAAUUAUAGAACAGGUCUGGAGGGUGCAUCUGGGGAGCCCGAGGUAAACCGGUAUUCCAUGAUGCUGCGUCAGUCGGCGGAAGGGGAAAUCAUGGUGUCUCCCCAGCCUGGGGAUGGUGGGGGUGGGGGCGACGGUACCAGUGGUAGCGAGAGUGAUGAUGGUCAAAUGAUGAUCUCUUCGUCUGUGGCGAGUCAGUCGGUUCCUCACAGGUUCGCUCCUGGCACGGGGUACCAACCAACAUCAUACAGACAGGACUCCUUCCCUGAGGAGGAGAGAAUCCAACCAAUGGGAGACGACCUUCUAACCGAGACAAGUUCAGUGAAGGCCACAAACAAUGAAAAGUUUGUGGAUUCAUUGUAUUUGAAACCAAGUAGUAAGACGUCCUUAGACGGCAUACAGCCAGCGGACCUGACUGACGGCAUCUUCGAUGACAGCGGUGUUUGUGACGGACAGAUGGACUCAGGCGAACAGACAAUGAACAACCAGGCUGGUAGUGACAAUCAAGAGAUGCCAGACUUCCUCAACGGUAUGCGAUCAUCUAUGGGAUUGUUUGGUUUGUCUGGGGCAGAUAUCCCUCCUGAUUCAACUAAUGAUGCUACGUUUACCGGUGACACUGCGACAGACGUCCUUGGCGAGAUUGUUAAUGGGACGGAUUUAGCCCAGAAGACAUCUCUGUCUGGUGAAGCCAUCAAGCAUAAGGAAAUGUUACAGAAUGAGGAUUCCUUCCUGCCAUUAGAGGAGAACGAGAACUUUCUCAAUUCAGGUGCAGCUCAAGAAAUGAUGAAUCAGGACGAAGAGGAGUUCUUGCAAACAAACAUCUUUACAAAGGAUGACCAGAUGCAGUCAUCGUACCGAAGCACUAUGACGAACAGCCUCUCCUCCUGGGAUGAGUACAACCCUCUGAACAACAUCUCCAUGAGUCUGUACUGGGCAGCACGCACCGGAAACAUCGGCACCUUGGAUGGAAAUCCCAGCUGUCCUAGGCCCAAUUUUGGAAUGGAUGUCCAGUCGCCGCCCAGCAACAAGCUGCCUGAGCCUCUAUACAGAACGUCGGGUGUAGGAGACGAAGACGGAGACAAUACGCUCAUAAUGGAAGAUUUAUUGAACACUCCCGACUACGAGAAAGAAACUGUUCCUAAACCUGCUAUUGACUGUUCCGAAAAGGAGAGUCUGGAAGAAGAGAUUUCCCGAUGUCUACCAGCAGCGACCAGUGAGAUGUCUCUUACAGAUAGGACCAUCGACAUCGACUCUAGUGCUUUGCAGAGCUUUCUUCGCAAACCUGCGACUGACGGCACUCCCAGUAACUUCCUCGCCAGCCUAGCACAAGUGGUGCAGGCCCAGUCUAAAGCGUCGAAGAAGAAUUCCUCCAAGACUGAUCAUCAACUUGUUGACAGUAACAAAUCCCGAACACCAAACGUGUCGCGACUGCCGAUCAGGAAAGGUUCGAAUGUGAGCGUUGCAGGCAUGAACAAGCAGCUCCUGAUUAAGCCCCCAGCUGCUGCUACUGCUGCAAAGUCGGCAAGAACCGUUGUAUCAGCAGUCUCGGUUAAUAAUACAGGAGCAAGUGUGGAAGAGAUUGCUGCUGAAAGAAAUGAAGAUUGUGAAGAAGGUAAAUCAAGUGUUGACAUCAUGGCAAGGAUUGCGAGACGGACCGAGAAGAAAUCCGACGCCAAGGAAGUGCCUACUGGUUGGGACACACUACCCACGGAGAGGCAGAAUGGUCGCGUGAGUGCGGUGGACACUGGGUGCGGGGAUAAAGCGAGCAGCCACCACGAACCAGACACCAAGGAAGUGCCUGCUGGUCAGGACAAGCCCACGGAGAAGCCGAGAGGUCAUGUGAGAGCGGUGGACAGGGUGAGUGACCACCACGAACUGGAUACCAACGAAGUGCCAACUGGUCGAGACAGGCCCAGGGAGAGGUCAAGUGGUCGUGUGAGAGUGAUGGACAGGGCGAGUGACCACCACGAACUGGACACCAACAAAGUGCCAGCUGGUCGAGACAGGCCCACGGAGAGGUCAAGUGGUCGUGUGAGAGCGAUGGAUCACCACGAACUGGACACCAACAAAGUGCCAGCUGGUCGAGACAGGCCCACGGAGAGGUCAAGUGGUCGUGUGAGAGCGAUGGACAGGGCGAGUGACCACAACGAACGAGACACCAAGGAAGUGCUCACUGGUGCAGAGAGGUCAAGUGGUCGUGUGAGAGCGUUGGACAGGGCGAGUGACCACCACGAAGUGCCAGCUGGUCGAGAUAGGCCCGUGGAGAGGCCGAGUGGUCAUGCGAGAGCAGUGGACCGGGUGAGUGACCACCACGAACGAAACACCAAGGAAGUGCCUGCUGGUGCAGAGAGGCCGAGUGGUCGUGUGAGAGCGGUGGACAGGGCAAGUGGCCCCCACAAACCGGACACCAACGAAGUGCCAGCUGGUCGAGACAGGCCCUCGGAGAGGCCGAGUAGUGGUGUGAGAGCGGUGGACAGGGCGAGCAGCCACCACGAACCGGACGGCACAGAAUACAGUGCGGCAUCCAACUACCUGAGUACUGACAAGAAGUUGUCACGCGAUCUCCUCGUUGGCACGUCCGACAUCAAGAUGGCAGAGUCCCGAGGAUAUGGAGUGAUGACCACCGAUGAUGAGUGUUUGAAUCCACCUGUGUCGCUGUUGACACAGAAUGACAGAGAUGUCGAGGGUGAUGCGGCGUUGGUUAGUGCAACUGGGCCCGGGUCAAAUCGGAACACGGUAACACACAGUGGAAAUGAAAUUAUUUCCAGUAGAGUGGAGGAGGAGGUUGACAACGAAAUUGUGUGUUUAAGAACAUCGGAGACAGGUGAUUUGACGGCAUUCAGUACAACGUCAUCAGGUCGACAGUACACCGACACCAGAGUUAGAAUACGACCAUCGGGUAAUAGUAAUCGGUUCAGUGCCACGUUUCCGACUGCUGACGCAGUGACUGGUUCUUUGAACGAGCCAGCGGGUGGGACGCAAUGCUCUGGUCAGAUUUUGGAGAGUGAUAGAAUUUCAUCAUCAUCAACAUCUGUUAGCAGUGGUGCAACCAACACAUCGAAUGCGCAGCAGCAGUCAAGUUCACAGUCUUCUAUCAACCACAAAUCGAACUUGUCAACAACAACUAUUCCGUUGUCGUCGGGUGCAAUGACUGUCGAUGACCGGUCUGUCGCACAACCGGCGACCAGCCAUGUGCCCAACCCAGACGAGUCGUCGUCAUUUGAACCCUUACAUGAGAGCCUUUUGUGUUCUGGCUGGAACCCAGAGCAGCCGAGCUGGGUAGCAGAGAACAACAAGCCACUCCAGCAGACGGCGCCUGCCUCUUACUUCAGUGCCAACCACGCUCCAGUCAGUAGCGAGAACAGCUGCAGCGGCCAGGAUGUCACAGGUCACUCGUUCACGGAUCUCCAGCAGGAUGUGUCUCACUUCUCGCCCACGUGUCGAAGCACACCCUACCAGUCGCAGACUAGGAGCUCUGUGACAUACGUAAGCCCAAAUCACGCGAGGUCCGUCUUUUCCACGAUGACUGCUGAUGAGGUUACAGCAAAUGCGGGAAACAUAUCGGUCUCUGCGACCCCGUUCAGGUCGUCCCUGCUGGUGGCCCCGACCCUGCUGAUGUUCCCACAUGCGUGCUGCGUGGGGACGUCGCUGAACACCACCUUCCCGCUGAGGAACCCGUCGCCACGCUGGCUCCAGUGCGACAUUGUCAUCACCUUGCUCGAGUUCAAUGGCCGACCCCUCUCUCCAGACAACCUCUCACCCUUCGAUGUCAAGAGGAAGGUAGUCGUGGAGCCCAGAUCGGAGGAAAAGGUUCAGGUGAUCUUUCUUCCGUCGUCGGAAGGUAUGUACGUGGCAGACAUUGCAAUCUCAACCUCUUCGUUUCUGGGGGAUGCCGGACCGUCGACGAUGUACCUGCCAAUCACACUGAGAAUACAAGCCAUUUCAGAACUCCCGAAUAUUCAGCUGAUUACAAGGGAGGAUAAAGGUAUCGAGUUUGGCGAAAUCACUUGGGGAAGACGCCUCGAGUCUGAGUUUGGUGUCGUUAAUAUCAGCAAAGCUCGAGUGCCACUGCGAUUGGUCAUUUCAUCGGUGAACUCUGCAUGGCACUGUUUUACCUUUGACAAUGGCAGCCAAUCGAGAGAGCUGUCUGAGAUCUCACAGAACAGUCGGCCGGUGUCGCCUGCGCUGGGUCGCGGUGUGUUGACGCUGUCGAUGUCGGGUUGUGAAGAGCACACUGGGGAAACAGUGGAGCACAUCAAAAUAUACUGCAGACCCCCGGCCAGAUCGUUUGACAGAGGUGUACUCAACGCGAUGAUGCAGAGGCCACCGGAGCGACUGUUGGCAAGACUGGAUGUCGAACUGGACACCCCGGUGCGCAGUGCAAAGCUGAUCGCCUCCAUCAUUCUGAGAGCCAGUCUGGGUGUCACGAAGCUAAAAACCUCGGCCACCAGUCAGAGAAUUGUGUUGAGAUGUCCAGCUGACAAGGUUGCGGGUGACACCAUUCGGCUGAGGAACGCGGGUAACAUCAGCAUGCGAGUUGAGUUGUUUCUGUCCAUCUUCGAAGACAUGUUUGCGAUAGAGCCGAACUUCGUCACAAUUCCAGCGCAUUCAUUCGCAUUAAUCUCUGUCAAGUUUUUACCAAAGAAACAAGCCAUCACUGCAUACAAGACGCUGUUGAUCAUGUUGACUGAGCCGGAGUCGCAGGCGUACGAACUGCAGCUGACCGGUGAAGUGCAGGCCACCCUGACCCCGACCCCGACCCCGACCCCGACCCCGACCCGGGUUGCUCUGGCUGCUUCCUGUGUGCUGGGUAACAAGACGGCUCUUGUGUUCGGUUGUGUGGUGAUCGGGCAGGAAAAGCUGCUGAGGACGGUUAUUAAGAAUUCAGGACCUUCGACGGUUACAGUCAGCGUGGCAAUCCAGAGUGAAUCGACUGAUUUUCAGUUGCAAGAAGUGGUGAACAGUUCUGGUGAAGCGUUGAACCCAGCGAGCGUCGUACUGAAUCCCGGAGACAGGUCUACCAUUAGCGUGCGGUUUGCUCCAUCCUCGCUCAUUUGCUGUACAGGAAAAAUCGCCUUCCGACAUAGUGGAGCAAAAUUUUCUAUUGGGUUGUCUGGUUAUGGUGGUACAGGCAGCAUUGCACUGGAAAGGGUCAGCAAUAUGGGCGGGGGUCAGUUUAUGGCCAACAUCGGCACACUGUCACUGGGAGUGAACUCCGUCACUGAAGUGGUACUCAGAAAUACGGGAACACGAGCUGCAUAUGUGAAGGCGCUGGUCUGCAGUGAUCGCCAGGGUUGCCAUGUUCUGACACAGGGAAAUGUAGCAGUGGAGCCUGAUGCGUUUGUUCUCGCUCCUGAAGACAGCAAGGUUGUUUCUAUUAUGGUGAUUCCAUCCGAUCGGGAAUUGUCCCUUUGUCGUGUACACAAAGAAGUGAUUGCGUAUAUUUACUUCUUUUUGGGAGAUGAGGUUUUGCGACAGAAUUACAGACGGGCAGUAAGCAAAAGGCUGUCAUCAAAGGUGCCCUUGAAACAUUCUGCUGUACAAAGAGUUGAUUUUGGCAUCGUGUAUAUGGGCGAACAUUCACAGACAGAAGAGCCCAGGAGUCGUAUGGUUGCGAAAGAUGACAUCGACGCCUUCUACGUCUCCAUGCGUCAGCACCUCCUCAUGCUUGUAGCGGAGCCCCCCGUUGACACAGGCGUCUCCAUGAUGACGAUAUCACCUGGACUGCUGCACGAGCAGAGUCGGCUGGCAGCUAGAGGUUUUUCUGACACUGCUUCGUCGCUGGACGUCGGAGUUGAUCGGAAUUUGUUACAGCAGACUGCCCUAGUAAACCAGCCAUUGGAGAACUAUGUCCCUAACUGGGAAAUUCAACCAGAGCAAAUAGUUCUCACUGUGUGUCCAUCAAAUUCGGAGAUCACACGCUCAAAGAAAUUCCAGAUUUUGAACUAUGCCAGCCAGAGCAUGCGUUACGACCUUGUGUGGCCGGAUCAUAUGCUGAUUGUUGACCCCACUCAUGGAAUAGUUGGUCCAAAGAGUAGUAUAUCGGUGUCAGUUAUUCCAGUCACAAACGCUCACAGAUAUCUCAACCACAUGCCAUGGAAAGGAACUAUAAAGGUCGAUAGCAACAGCAUGUCAAAAUUGCUGAAUGUGCAGAUUGCACUGGACGUGGCUGCUGACCAGUCGUCCACCAGCCGUUCCCUUGACGACCUCGGCGCACAGCUGAGCACCACUUCGUCCAUUCUGGUGCCCUCCGCUCACAAUGACGCCAUUAAGAUUACAAACCUCGAAGUACGCUUCCCCAAAACAAAAGUUGACAAACAGAGUGAGGACGUUCUCCAGUUCACCAACAAUUCUGGCUGUUCCAUCUUCUGGAUGCUGUCCUCGUUCGCCCCUCCGUACGUGAAGGGUGUCGGAGGUCACAAGGAGGUGUUCCGUCUCAACUACGCCGUCUUCCAGUUCGCAGACAAGUCGGGACAGCUGAAGCCAAACGAAACUGCCAAGAUUUGCGUGUGUUUCCGUCCACAGUCGAAGGGUUUGUACACGCAGUACUGGGACAUCGUGUGCAAGGUGAAGAGUGCCACGGGGAAGACGUCCGCCACCACCAGAGUGCACCUUGUUGGAGAGGCCCAGACUGGAGAUGAACAACAGACUCCCCAACCGCGAGGAGUGAUGGUCGAAAUUCCCGUGUCAGAAAAUAAAACGAAGGCUGCGUCAGAAAGCAGAGUGUUGGAGAAGAAGUCCGCCCGAUCAGUGUACUUGAUGUCAUCGUCUUUGACGUUUCCUCCGUCCGUCGUGGGAAUGUCUGUCAGCAGGAAGGUUCAGAUUGGGAAUGACGUGCUCGAACAGCAAGAGGUAAAAGUUGUUCCUCCUCGACCUCCAUUUUAUAUCAAACACACAACAUUCUCUAUCAAUUCCAAUAAAUUCAUGAAGUACCCAGUGGAAUUCCGGGGCAAGGAGAAAGGCGUCUACCACUGCACGAUGGUCUUCCAGACUCGCAUGGGUGACUUGCACUUGGAGCUGAACGGAGAAUGCAUAUAAAUUUCAAAGUGAAAACCACACGUUAUUUCCACAGGAGUGUUCUGCAAUCAGAAAUACCUUUUUUCUUUGACUCUGCUGCUGGAAAAUUGUUCCUGCCCAGUUUUUUUUUUUUUUUUGAAUGAAAUGCUUGCUGUAACUUUCUGCUUAAAAUGUUUUGUCUCAUUGCACGUUCAGUUUUAUGCAAGAGUUCAUGCAAUAGCAGAGAGCAUCUUUAUGAAUUCAUCCUACAACUGACUGACUUUGUGUGCUCGGUAUCCCUUUAAUAGCAGCUGGCAACCAGCAAUCAAAUGCAAUAAGAACAGAAAACAAAUGUAUAAUGAUAUUUUUGGUACAGUUUUUGCAGCAUCUGUAUGAAUACAUGGAACGACUGGCUUUCUGUGUGUUCUGUAUCCCUAUAAUAGCAGCUGGCAACCAGCAAUCUACUCAAAUAAGAACUCUUUUUAAUGUAAUGAUCUUUUUUGUUCAGUGUUUGCACCUUUUGUUCCGUUUUUAGCACUUAAUAAAUUAAGAAUAUCACACACAUUAUGAUUAUUAGUAUCAGUAUUUUGUAUUGGUUUCACAUCAUUGUGCCUUUGUCUUUCUUGCUGAUUGUUUUGCAAGAAUUUAUAUGCAUGUAACAUUAUGUUUUGUUUGAACUCUUUCUUAACACAGUGAAACCCCUCUAAACCAGACAUCCAUGGUGACCAGAUAAAAAGCCCAGUGUUAAGGUUUGGAGAGUUGUUUACUGUACUGAGCUACUAUGAAAAAUAGGGUCUCCACGAUUCCGAAAUAUUGGACUCGAGGGUCAGACUCGACCGGGACCCGAGUACCCGGCAUUUAUACUAGAUGAUAAUGAAACUAAGGAAUACAGUAAAAUAGCAUUAUGCAUAUUAAUACCAGCGCUGAACAUGGAUGCCAAAUCAUGCCAUUGUAUUGAAUUCCAUGCAUUCGACUUUUUUUCCAAUCCCAUGUCUCAUACACCUAAAAUGUAACCAGCGACAAGCAUAUGACAAAAUGACAUAAAAAAAUAUAUAAUUAAAUGAGAGGGCUCUUUCUUACACGGGUACUAGAGUCCUGUGAGCGGACUCGAGUCUUGCUAGACUCUGUCCGUGCCCAUGUACUCCAGUACUCGUGGAUACACUAAUGAAAAACAUCUCAUUUUGAGGGAAUUUCGGUUUAUGAAGGGUCUGGUUGUGAGUGGUUUCAUCGUCAUUGAUGUUGAUAUUAUAACACAGGGCUUCCCAUAAAAUUGAGGAUUUUUCAUCAUGAAAGAUCGCUUCUGAUAUUCUGUUUGACUUUUGACCUGUAUAUAUGUUGGUGUUGUGCUUAUUCAUUUGUGAUACUUGUGCAAACCGAAGGGCUUUCAGAUGGUGUUUAAUAACUAUAUAUUUAUGAACCAAUUUUGCAGUAUGUGUUUUUGUUUGAUGUUUUGGUUUUGGGUUUUUUUUUAAAAGAUUUGGAGGGGGGGGGGGGGGGUAGGGGGGUUGGUUAAAUUAAUGUAUUAAAACAGAAACAAAUUUAAAGUAGUAGAUUCUAGAUUAGACAUUGACCAAAGAUAAUAACUUUAAACCCAAACUGCAUUUACCAGGGAGUGGGAUGUAGUCCAGUGGUAAAGCAUUGGGCUAUUUCUCAUUCCAGCCAAUGCAACACGACGGGUAUAUCAAAGACUGGUAUGUGCUAUUCUGUCUAUGGGAUGGUGCAUAUAAAAGAUCCCUU